UUCUCCCCCAACCACCAUCACCAUCCCCGUUCGCAACCUUUGUUUUUGUCGUCUGCGAUCAAGUUGCGAUUGCACAAUUGUUUUGUUUUGUCAUGCCCGCAAGUUAAAGAGGAAAUCUUUACGAUGUCUCUGGAAAACUCACAGUAUACUUUUCACAGUCUCCAGAAUGCGUCCAAGGAGGAAGUCAAGAAAGAGAUUGACAGAAUAGCGAAAGAGGCCGAUCGAGCCUCUGAUGAUGCUCAGGACGACGAGCCUGAAGGGGAUGAGUUUACUCAAGAAGCCGGCACCCAGAGUCAGAGUCAACGAAACGUACGGGAACGACCUGUCAGUGGAACAAUUCUUGAGGUGCUUCUUCAAGAUUUCCUUUGUCAUGCUCACAUGAAAGUUAUUCUCAACAAAGAAAUCAACUUCAUCGUGGGAAGAAAUGGUAGUGGCAAGAGUGCCAUUCUCGCAGCCAUAGUUGUCGCCCUAGGUGGCAGUGCUAGCACAACUGGCCGAGGAGCAGCUUUGAAGGAUUUCAUAAAGCAUGGGUGCAAUAUUGCGAGAGUUACAUGUGUGAUUAGUAAUGCAGGGGCCAUUUCGUACAAAAAAGAAAUCUAUGGAAAAAAAAUUGUUGUUGUCAGAACACUGCAUGGUACAGGUGGCUCUGCUAUUAAGUUGAGGUCAGAGAAAGGAAAAUUAAUUUCCUCUAAAAUGGAGGAUUUACGAGCUAUGACCCUACAAUUAGGGAUACAAGUUGAUAAUCCAAUCAGUGUUCUAGAUCAGAACACUGCUCGACAUUUUCUAGCUCAAAGCAAGCCUGAAAAUAAAUUUGAAUUAUUUAUGAGGGCUACUAAUUUAGGGACUCUCCAAAAAAUACAUAUAGCUAUCAAUUUAUCUCUUGAUAGUAUCAAGCUAGAGAUUGACAAAAAGAGUCGACAACUUGUUGAUAACAAUCGGGAGGUUGAAAAGGCUAGACACUUAUUUGAGCUAUUGGAAAAUCUUGAGAAAGAUCGGGACAGAACGAAAGAUUUGAAAAUGGAAUUGCUCUGGGCAGAGGUGCGAGACUAUUUGAUUAACCUGAAGCGCUUACAGAAGGAUCUUACGAAAGCUCAGAAAGAAAAACAGCAUUUGGAGGAAAUGUUGUUAUCAGCUGAAAACACCGAAACAGAACCACUACUCCAGGAAAUUGAGGCAUUAAUAGCAGAUGUAAAAGUGCUUGAAGAGCAGAAAAGACAAGCAGAGAUAGAUAUCAAAACCUUAAGAAUUUCAUUCACAGCACUCAACCAGAAAAAGCAAAAGUUACAGCAAGACAAAUGUCAGAAGGAAAGCAAAAUUAAAGAAGAAAUGAAAAUGAUUGAUGAUUACAAAGCAGAAAUUAGUUCUCAAGAACAAAAGAUGUUACCAGAGCACAUGGAUACCAGGAGGAAGCACAAAGAAGAGAUGCAGGAACUCCAAAGACAGUUGAAUGACAAGAAUGACAUUAGUCAUUCUAAAGAUGCUGAGGUUCAAGAACAUCAGCGUCAGCAGUCUGUGGUGAAAGAUGCUUUAAAGCAACUUCAAUACAGCAAAAGGCGACAUGAAGAUGAGCUUAGGACCUUAUCUGGAAAACUUAAAGGAUUCCAGUCCAACAAUCAAUCAAAUUUAUCUUUAUUUGGGCCUUACAUGCCUGAAUUAGUUAGACAAAUUGAGUUGUGUACCAAGUUUAGAAAGAAGCCAGUUGGACCUUUGGGAAUAUAUGUAAAAGUUACGGACUCUAAAUGGACCCUAGCUGUAGAGUGUGCCAUGAAAUCUCGGCUUAGUGCCUUUGUAGUUGAACACACCGAAGAUAAGCAUGAUUCAAACCUUCUCAAUAAUUUAAUUGAGAGAACAUGUCAAGGUUCCAAGCCACCAGUAGUCCGAUGUGGUUUUACUACAAAGGAAUUUGAUACUUCUAGAACGUGUGCUCGAACCUCUGAGUAUUGUAACGUUUUAGAUGUUGUUACAAUCUCAAAUGUAGUUGCUAGGAAUGUCCUUGUAGACCAAUUGAAGCUCGAGAAAACUUUGCUCAUCCCUUCAGAUGAUGAAUGCUACAGGUUGCUGCGUUCAAGGAAUUCUGUACCAAAGAACUGUGAGAAAGCCUAUACUAUUAAUGGUGAUCAAUACAUCCCAGCACCUUGGUAUGGUUCCUACGCAUCUGUUCAACAGUCUCCCAAAAUUUUAGAAUCGUCAAUUUCUAAUGUGAUCAGGACAACAACUCAGAGAAUUGGGGAGUUGCAGGAAACACUGCAGCAUUUGCAGCAAAAUAUUUUAACAUCUAUUCAAGAUUCAUUUAAUAUUGGCAAACAGUUAGACAAGUGUCGUCAUGAACACAAAAACAUUUCUGCGGAAAUUUUAUCAACAAAAGCAAAACUUGAAAAGUUAAAAGAUGUUGAACAACCAGAUACAAAUUCUGUGUCUGUGUUGCGUGAAGAACUUCUCUUGAGGGAGCAAGCGUUGCUGCAGCUGAAAAGCAGUCUUGAUGACAUUCCUGCAAAAUUAGAUGCUGUUGAAGCAGAGAGAAAUGAAUUAAAGCUUAAAGGUUCAGAGGCUCAAGCCAAGCUCAAGGAAAUAAAUGAAAAAAUUGAAGACCACCAAAUAAAACAGAAAACAUGCAGGGGUCAGUUAGAUGAACUGCACAGUGCUAAAGAUGAGAAAAGACGAAAAUUAGAGCAGGUUAGUAAACAAGAGGACCAAUUGAUUGUUCGUUCUAAUGAUCUGAAAGAAAAGCAUGACAAAGCUAAAGAUGCUGCUGAGAAAUAUGAAAAUCACAUUCGUUCUGAGUUAGAAGAAAGACAGCUGAAAGCAAAAGAAACUGCUGGGAAUUCUCAAACUAACAAUCAGAGACCUAAAGAAAAACCAAAGGAGUUUCAAAGUCAAUCUAGUACCAACAGAAAUAUCCGGGAAAUUGAUCAGGAUUUACGUUCCCUAAAUAGGAAGCUAUCUAGUGCUGAAAGUGCACUUGGCGAAAAUUCAGCUACAAUAGAGGUUGAAUAUAGAGAUAAAAUGUUGGCCUACAAGGCUACUCAAAAGUACAUUAUUCAGUUGAAAUAUAAUGCAGAGUUCAUAAUGAGGGCUCUUCAGCAAAGGAAAUCGCUAUACCAAACUCAAAAAAUGCUCAUGGGUGGUGUAGUUUCUCAUCAAUUUGGUAGAGUCUUAAGAAUUCGAAAUUGUACAGGCAAUGUUCGCGUUGACUCUAAUAGAAAGACAUUGGAAAUAAAUGUUGGGCCUAUUGAUGGAGGGGAGACAGCCGGUCUAGGAACGUCAUCUCUCUCAGGUGGCGAGAGGUCCUAUGCAACUAUGGCUUUUGUCAUUGCACUAUGGAAUGCGACUGAAGUUCCUUUUUAUUACUUAGAUGAGUUUGAUGUUUUUAUGGAUAUGCUCAACCGGCAGACCGUGCUCACUCUGCUACUGCGCUUUGCAAAGCAAAAACGUGGAUACCAGUUUGGUUUCUUGACUCCACUUGACACCACUUCUAUCAGUGGAUCGAGCCGAGUUACUGUAUUAAGGCUAGCUGAUCCAAGAGACAAUCCCUUAUAAUGUUGCUUCUACUGGGACAAAUAAUAUGUUACAGCAUUCUCUUCAUUUAUGUCUUUUAAGCUACAUUUCGUAAUGUAUUGAAAAAAAUUCUAUUUUAAUUGUUUUCUUAUAGUUUUGAAUAUAUUUUGUUGCAUGUUAAUCUUAUACCUCUACAAUCUUGUUCUAACCGAAGAUCUUGAAAGAAAGGUCUUACCAAUUGACACCUUGAAGCCCACUUUUUGGCUUUGAAUUGAAGAAUAUGACAAUAAUAAAAAGAAAGAAAACAACUU